GCCUUUGAGAUCCGCAGGUUCAGAGCUACCAAGAUGUCAUCAGAGAUGCAAGCUGAGGAGCUGGAAGUCCUUAGGUCAAUAUAUGAAGGUGAUGCAGCUUUCAUUGAAGUUGAUGAGAAAACUUUUCAGUAUAAGUUUGGAGAUGAUGGUGAAAACAAAUCUUUCUUGGUUGAAGUGAAAUGGACAGACAGUUACCCUGAUGAGCUCCCAAAUGUCAACCUUGAUGCAUUUUAUAACAACCAUAUUCUGCCACCAGUGAAGCAGCAUGUGGUCAGCCAGGUGCAGGAGCAGGCUGAGGCCAUGCUUGGCAUGUCCAUGACAUUUACUCUCUUCGAGUGGGUCAAGGAAAAUGUCACAGACCUCAUGGAGCAACAGACUUUGGCCCCUGUGAUGGCGGAGGUCACCGAGGAGGUGGAGGAGCUCAGUAUAAUACAGGUCUGUUAUGCUGUAAUGCUGUUUGGGUCCCUGUGGGGACAUCUCGCUGGGGGAACUCAAAGUACUCACUAAAAACCUGAUGUACCAGAUUGCAAGCACAUGUUGCAGUUUACUUUUACUGCACCAAUAUGCCAAAGCUUCAUGUGUGCUUUCCCAGGUGGAUGACAUCUCACCGA